AUGUCUCAGAACGACUCCGCUGUCCUCUUGAACAAUCACCUCCAAUCGACCAAACAAGUCCAUCUGCUGCAAUGGCGCUUCGACCAGGUUGGGCCUUUGGACCAUGUUAUUCAUCACGCCAUCGCCUACCUCGGUGGCCGAGAGAUCGGUCGAGGCCAUGGCAAUACUCGUAAUGAAGCCAAACGAAAUGCCUGUGCGAUUGCUCUGCAGACACUCGGUGCAGCCUGA